ACCGUAACAUAGCGCGUAGUACGAGGAAUUUUUAAUGCCUAUCGAUCCGGUGUGGGAUGCUUCGUCAAAAUCCCCCGUUGGACUCAUCCUCUUCCUUCUCCCGCAGGCCCCCAUCCAUCCACCACCCAGCUCCUCCAUACAUCUCCCUUGCCCAGCUCUCUGUCUCGCCGGCCGGCGGCGGCGGCGAGAGGCCGACGGCGCCACCAGGGAGCCACCCGAAACAUGGCGGAAUCUGGUGCCCGCAAGGAAUCGGCGCCAGCCCGGCCUUCCGACUUCUCACCACAGCAGCGCUUCCCUGGCGCCCCGACGAGCUCCUCCACCAACCACUCGCCACUGCCGCCACUCUACCCCGGCGCCCCGACGAGCUCCUGCGCCAACCCCUCUACACCGCCGCACUUAUACCCCCGUGGCCUAGAAAGCUCUUCUGCCAUCCCCUUGUUGAACUCAUGGAGGCCAACCUAUACUGUUGCACCCGAAGGCUUGCUAAGUUUUGGACAAUUCUCGCCAAUGCAUCCUUAUAGUUUCCGACCUCGCCAAUGCACCAUCAUGAACAAGGACACCAAAAUUUGGAGAAUUUUCACUUUGUUGGUGCUUCCCCACUAGGCGUGCUAGAAAUGGUUCAGUUUAUUGUGAACAAAUGGUUCAGUUUCCAGUCACUUUGCCUUCUUUCGGUUUCUGAAUCGUUUCAGUAAACUGGACUACAUAUAUACAAGCAUAUACCACCUCCUCUGCUCAUUCCAGUAGAUGCUCCAAUUGUUCCUCAAUCUUCCACGGGAUGUCUAGUCAAGAGGCUGAUGCUUCGUCUGAUGAAGCAGACGUCGACGCUGAAGAAAACAUAGUAGAUCCUUCCACCUUGUACUCAUUAGAUGAUUUCCUAGCCCAGCAAGGGAUCUCCCACUUGCUUGCCAAGGAGAUAGCAACGGAGGUGAAGGAAACUCUUGAAGCUCAUGACGCAGAUCUCUUGCCAGAAGUGCUCCGAGGACGUACGAUGGAUAGACUGCGCGAAGAAGCUGCUCAACAAUUAGUACGUGACUACUUCUGUGAAGAUCCUCUCUACCCCGCCAAAGUAUUUCGUAGGAGAUUUCGGAUGAGAAGACCUCUCUUCGAGCGUAUCGUCCAGGCAUUAGGCGAGUGGUCUCCGGAGUUCACACAAAGGAAAGAUGCUCUUAACCGCGACGGGCUCUCUCCAUUGCAGAAAUGUACGUCGGCUAUUCGUCAAUUGGCGUAUGGUACUCCGGCAGACGCUCUCGAUGCCGAGUACACAUCAGUUACGUGCUUGAAGCUGUUUACAGAAGGGGUGAUUGACAUAUUCGGUGAUGAGUAUAUGCGAAGACCCAAUGUCAACGAUAUGCAACGCUUACUUGAUGUUGGUGAGAGUCGUGGCUUUCCUGGCAUGUUAGGAAGCCUCGAUUGUAUGCAUUGGCAGUGGGAGAGUUGUCCCACGUCUUGGAAGGGUCAAUUCACCAGCGGGCAUAAAGGAGUUCCUACUCUCAUUCUAGAGGCCGUUGCUUCAAAGGAUCUUUGGAUAUGGCAUUCAUUCUUUGGUCUAGCUGGAUCAAACAAUGAUAUCAACGUUCUUAAUCAAUCAAAGUUGUUUGUUGAGCAAUUAAAAGGGCAAGCUCCUAGGGUGAGCUAUCGUGUCAACGAGAAGGAAUACCAGCUUGGCUAUUACCUUGUCGACGGAAUAUACCCGGAAUGGGCCGCAUUCGUGAAGUCGAUACCGAUGGCACAAACUGAAAAGCACAAGUUAUUUGCCGCACAUCAAGAAGGGGCAAGGAAGGAUGUGGAACGUGCAUUUGGUGUGCUCCAAGCACGAUGGUCUAUUCUACGCCUCCCGGCACGUUUUUAUGACUGGGGCAAUAUCCAUAGUAUUAUGACAGUUUGCAUCAUUCUACACAACAAGAUAGUCGAAGAUGAAAAAGAAGAGGCGACCAAUAUUCUUGAUUUGAAUGAGGAAGCCGGCUCAUCUAUUGUCCUUCCAACGGUAUUUACCCACGGUGACAUUCCUGUAUUUGCCGAGGUGCUUGAAAGAGAUGCUAGAAUCCAGGAUCGUCCGAUGCAUAAAGCUCUAAAAAGUGAUUUGAUUGAGCAUAUUUGGAAAAAGUUCAGGCCACGGUAGAUUAUUUUUGUAUCUUCAUCCAUGUAAUGCUAAAUAUAUUUUAUAUAAUUAAAUAGUAUUAUAUUGGCACUUCAUUGUUAUUA